CCACGAAGGACCCCUCCCCCUCCGGUCACUUCCCGCGCCGUCAUGUCGGUCGGCAGUAUGUUCAGCCUCAUCCAGGCCAGUCUGAGCUCCGACCAGGACAUCAGAGAGGAGAUAAGGAAAGUUGUCCAAUUGCUGGAGCAGACGGCCCGUGAGAUCCUGACCUUACUACAGACGGUCCAUCAGACAUCAGGCUUUAAAGACAUCCCUAACAAGUGCCAGAAAGCACGUGUGCACUUCGAAACAGUGAAGACCCUCAUGGUUGAGCUGAAGACCAAGUUCCCCAUAGAUCAGUAUUACAGGUUCAAUGAGCACUGGAGGUUCGUGCUGCAGCGCCUUGUGUUCCUGGCGGCAUUUGUGGUUUAUCUGGAGUCGGAAACGUUAGUGUCGCGGGAAGUGGUGGCCGAAAUCCUCGGAGUACACAUGCACCGAGACAAGGGCUUUCACCUGGACAUUGAGGACUACCUCUCGGGGCUACUGAUCCUGGCCAGCGAACUGUCGAGACUGGCGCUGAACAGCGUGACGGCUGGCGAUUACUCCCGGCCUCUUCGCAUCUCCUCCUUUAUCAACGAGCUCGACUCCGGCUUUCGGCUGCUCAACCUGAAGAACGACUCGCUGCGCAAGCGCUACGACGGCCUCAAGUACGACGUGAAGAAGAUCGAGGAGGUGGUUUACGACCUGUCCAUCCGGGGGCUCGGCAAAGCGGACAAGGCAGACGACGGCAAGGGCGAGGCGGUGGGAAAGUAACUGAGGGCGAGGGGGGGAGAGAGAGAGAGACGAUAAAUUAGUCGUUCGUUGGGUGUUUACCUCCCGACAUGUUAAGGACCAGAGGAUGGAAGCUGUUUACUGUAUCGUGACAACUCCCCGCGGUUAGUGCUGUUUGGAGACAGAUUUGGGAGGUAAUGGAGGGAGAUAUUCCAUGUGUUCAUAAUUGAGGCCCUCCCCCCACUCAUUGGUUCAUUAUUCCAAAAUCUACACAGGGUGGGAGGACGGUUAUAUUGAGGGAGAACCCCCAACCAACACACACACACACACUCACUAAUUUACACACACACACACACACAACAUGAAAUUACAUUUGUAAAGCUCCUUUCACUUUGGGAGGACAUCCCAAGGCACACGCACAUCACCCUACAGCCAUGCAAGCACACACACGCACGCAUCCUACUCACAUUCACCACCCUAUCCAGUUGCCCUGUUUAAAUGUGGAGCCUGUCUGGUUAACGUACAUUGUUUUUUCACUGAAUCUUUAGCUGAUGAAAGGAUCACAGACCGUUUGUAUUUUUGCGUAUUGCUGAUGGAACAAUAAACGUGUAGAGUAAA